CUGAAGGUGUGCCUGGUUGUUACGCGGUGAAGGUGUUAGGAGAUUUACCCGACAGUAUUAAAGACGAUGCCCACCGCUUUGCCUUUGCAGAGUAA